AUGAACAGCCCGGUGCGGACGGACCCGCUGCCUGGGGAUCCCCCGCUGCUGAUGCCGGGCGCCCCCUACUCGGUGGUGGUGCUGUUGCGGGGUUACGCGGAGCCCGAGAAGUUGGGCGGUGCGGUGCGAGCCGACGGCUCCGUGUCCCUCGUCCUGCCCCAGGACUGGGAUCCAGCUUCCAACAGCACCCCGGUGCCCCAGGCCGAACCCCAAAGCGUGGAGGCGGAGACGGCUCUGCAAGAGGCGGCGCGGGGCCCCAUCCUCGUGGACACCGGGGGCCCCUGGGCGAGCGAGGCGCUGCUGCGGGCCUUGGCGGGCCAGGGCGUGGCCCCGGGGGACGUGAGGCUGGUGGUGGGGACCCACGGACACUCGGACCACAUCGGGAACCUGGGGCUGUUUCCCGGCGCGGCCCUGCUGGUGUCGCACGACUUGUGCCUGCCCGGGGGCCGCUACCUCCCGCACGCGCUGAGCGAGGAGCGGCCCCUGCGGCUCGGCGCGGGGCUCGAGGUGUGGGCCACGCCGGGCCACGGCGGCCAGCGGGACGUGAGCGUGGCGGUGGCGGGCACGGCCCUGGGCACCGUGGUAGUGGCCGGCGACGUGUUCGAACGCCACGGGGACGAGGAGUCGUGGCAGGCGCUGAGUGAAGAUCCCGCGGCCCAGGAGCGGAGCCGGAGGAGGGUCCUGGCUGCCGCCGACGUGGUGGUGCCUGGGCACGGAGCGCCCUUUCGAGUGAUCAGGGAAGCACCGCAGCCUGGCAGCCCUGGGGUCGGAGAGAAGUAACCCGUGGCCACGCACUGAUAAUGAACC